AUGGGAGAGACCAAAAAUACAUCCCUGGACACGGUGAUGACAGACUUCAUUCUCCUGGGCUUACCUCACCCCUCGAGUCUGAGGACCCUCCUCUUCCUGGUCUUCUUCAUCGUUUACGUCCUGACUCAGCUAGGGAAUCUGCUCAUUCUGCUCACUGUGUGGGCUGACCCAAAACUCCAUGCUCGCCCCAUGUACAUUCUUCUGGCCGUGCUCUCAUUCCUGGACAUGUGGCUCUCCUCAGUCAUCGUCCGUCGGCUAAUAUUGGAUUUUACUCCCACCAGCAAGGCAAUCCCCUUUGGUGGCUGUGUGGCUCAGCUGUAUUUCUUUCAUUUCCUGGGCAGCACCCAGUGCUUCCUCUACACCCUGAUGGCCUACAACAGGUACCUGGCAAUAUGCCGGCCCCUGUACUACCCUGUGCUCAUGAAUGGCAGGUUAUGCACCAUCCUCGUGGCUGGAGCUUGGGUGGCUGGCUCCAUCCAUGGGUCUAUCCAGGCCACCUUGACCUUCUGCCUGCCCUACUGUGGGCCCAACCAGGUGGACUAUUUUUUCUGUGACAUCCCUGUGGUAUUGAGAUUGGCCUGUGCUGACACAACCAUCAAUGAGCUCGUGACCUUUGUGGACAUUGGGGUGGUGGCCGCCAGAUGCUUCAUGUUAAUUCUGCUCUCCUAUGCCAACAUAGUCCACGCCAUCCUGAAGAUUCACACUGCUGAUGGGUGGCGCCGAGCCUUCUCCACCUAUGGCUCCCACCUAACCGUGGUCACCGUCUACUAUGUGCCCUGUAUCUUCAUCUACCUCAGGCCAGGCUCCAAGAGUCCACUGGAUGGAGCAGUGGCCGUGUUUUACACUGUUGUCACUCCAUUUCUGAACCCCCUCAUCUAUAGCCUGAGGAACCAGGAAGUGAAGUCUGCGAAGAGACUAACAGCAGGUAGAGGGGCUGCCAGUGAAAAUAAGUAA